AUGUUGUCAGAAGAUAAUUUGGCAAAAAAUUUCUUAAGUAGCAGUUUUCGACCAAAGAGUCUCAGAUCUUUCUCCCAUAGAAACCUGUUGAAUGUGCCUAUUACCAUCGGACAUCUCUAUGAGUUCUCCAGUGCCGAUUACCAUCGUACAUCUCUACGUGUUCUCCAGGGGCAAUUACCAUUGGACAUCUCUGCGUGUUCUCCAGUGCUGAAUACCAUUGGACAUGUGUACUUCUUCUCCAGUGCUGAUUACCAUCAGACAUCUCUACGUGUUCUCCAGUGCCGGUUACCAUCGGACAUCUCUACGUGUUCUCCAGGGGCAAUUACCAUCAGACAUCUCUGCUUGUUCUCCAGUGCCGAUUACCAUCGGACAUGUGUACAUCUUCUCCAGUGCCGAUUACCAUCAGACAUCUCUAUGUGUUCUCCAGUGCCGGUUACCAUCGGACAUCUCUACGUGUUCUCCAGUGGCAAUUACCAUCGGAUAUCUCUGCUUGUUCUCCAGUGUCGAAUACCAUCAGACAUGUGUACGUCUUCUCCAGUGCUGAUUACCAUUGGACAUCUCCAAGUGUUUUCAACAUAUUCUCUACAGUGUGUCCAAUACAUUUAUCCAAAUACUGGGCCAUAUAAUGAAAAUCAUCCAAGCACUGUGGUGAACUGCUCAUCAGAUCAGGAUGUGUGCAUGAGGAUACACUAUCUACUAGAAAAAAGAAGUUAUACUGAAAAAUCUAAAGUUCAAAGUCAAAGAAAAUGUGCAAAAUCAUCACAAUGUAAUAUGAGAGAGAGUUUGACAACAGCUGUCUAUAAUAUAGCAUACAGUACCACUUGCUGUAACACAAGUUACUGCGUUCCAACGGCACCUGUUUUACAAACAAGAAAAUUACCCAAUAAUGGUAUCACAUGCCCAGCCUGCCAUGCAGAAAAGUCAGGAUCAUGUCUGCCGGAGAGAGCCAUGUCUUGCACAGGGGACGAAACACAUUGUAUCUCGCUCAAAGAAGUAGCAUUUAAUGGAUAUAGUGCAUAUUCCAGAGGUUGUGGCACAAAAAAUGUAUUCAAAGACAACGGAGAGCUAAUUAGUUCACUAAGUUUUUUUUCAAAAGUGACCAUUACUGAAGAAAGCAGAACACAUUCACUAGGACUGGGAAACUUUCUUUGGUGUUAUGCGUGCCACGAUGAGCAUACCACCACCUGUACAAAACAUCCGAUUCUGUGUCCUGUAGAUAGCGAUGUGUGUCUUUCUGAAAUUAGAAGGACCAUAGAUGAGAAAAGCCGAAGACUUACCACGCAAACAUUGAGACGAUGUGCAAAAUCCAAUGAAUGUAAAUUUGAAGGCACAGCAACUAGUGCAGAAAGGACAUUAUCAAUAAAAAGCUCUUGCUGUGAUACGGACAUGUGCAACUCUCCAGAACCCAUAUGGCCCCUAAAAAGGAAAAAGAACAAUGGAAAGUCUUGUCCAGCUUGCUCACCUUUAAAUGUUUCUCAUUGUUGGCAGUCAGACGUUAUCCAGUGCACUGAUGAUGAAACGUAUUGCAUACUGUAUAUAAUGACAAUAAACAAAGUUGAGUAUUCGGAGUUUGGCGUAUUAUAUGGCUGCUCAUCUGCUGGCAUCUGUGAAAAUCCGACCUUCAAGAAAUAUGAAACAGAAUCCGAUAAUCUGGUAAUGACCAAUGAUAUUAUAUGCAGCAGGGGGAUACGGAUCAUCAAUCAUCUCUUCAGCCUGGUUGCAGUACUGAGCUUGUUAAAUCAUCAUCAUAUCAUGUGA